GCAGAUCAAUUGACCUCGGCUCUAAGUAUUUCAUCACAACUUUCAUCACAACUUCAAAUGCGCUUGGGUACACGUUCGAGUUCGAGUGAUGUAAUACGUAAAAAUUCUCUUGAAAGAACAAAUUCAAUAAUUCCAGCUACAGAAAAGUCAAAUUCUAUGCUUUCAACAAUGGAUGUCGAAUACGAAACCAAUUCCAAUCAAGAUGAAUCCAUUAUAGGACCAGAGAAUACACUUGUGAACUCACCCACUGAGGAAGAAGUCAAACAAAUUGGGGAAGCUACAACCGAAACUACAGAUAUCGCUAGUGAUACAGACCCACCAAUAGUUGAAGAAGUAGAUGAUGAACUAGAAGAAUUAGAUUUACCUACACCAAAAUUAGAUUUAUAUAGUUUAGUCCAUGGUCCACCUCAAUUAACCCAGGCUCAAGUAUUAAAAGAAGAUAAAAUUAAACAAAGACAAGCACUUUAUAAGAAAACAAAAGCACUUCCAGAUCGUCGAAAAUCUGAGAAAAAGCGAAGAAAAAAAAGAUACGACAUACUAAUAAAUAAAAAUCGCAAUGUUCAGUGUGUACUUUCACAUAUUGAUGAUCAAAAGGCUGAAGCAAUAAAAAAAGCUCAAGAAGUUGAAAUACAGAAGAAGGCCAUUGAAGAGCAGAGUUCAUAUGAUGGAGAUUAUGA